AUGACGCCAAAGGACUUGAGGAAGGAAACUACUCAAGAAAGGGAAAAAGGAAAACCUGAAUUAUUUCAGAUUUACUUUCUGGGCGCGUAUCUGGUGACAGACCGUCAAAUAAAAAUACCGUUGCUAACAGACUGCUAUUACCUUCCAAAACUAUUCCUUCAAAUCGAAGGUCAGAAAGCAAUUCCUUUGAAGCUUUCUCAGUUGCAAAAAUGUGAAGACGUUUAUGACAAACUGUGCACAUAUGAGGGAAAAUAUGGAACUGCCGAUUACAUAACACCUAUUCCAACGUCUAUGAUUUUGAACGGAACGUUGAAGCUAUACGUCUUCCUCAAAACUGAUCCAGGGAGGAGAGAAGUGUUGAAUGUCAUUGACCUGAGGGUAGUGCAGCGAGAGAAGAAACCGCACAGAUUGGCUGUUUGUACA